ACAGAACUUAUCAAGGAACAUUGAAUGGAGAAGUUACCUUUUUUACUUUAGCAUGGUCACAGUGUGAAUGUGAAACUGGUUUUGACAGGAAAUUCAUCUUGAAACGUUAACCCUGUAGUUAGCCUGUUAGAGCUAAACAGAACACUUCAAGCAAACCAGAGAAUAUGAGGUCUGUCUUUGUGAUACUGGGACUGCUGGUUUACACAGAGGCACCAGGGUCCAGUGCUCUGACUCAUGUGUUUGUGCGGAAGGGAAAGGAUGUUCUUCUGGAGCUCAUGGAAGCUGAUGUUCCUGAGGAAGAUUUUCUUCUUUCAUGGAGAUUCAAUGAAACGGUCAAUUUAGUAAGAUUUUUACCUGGUACAGAACCAAGAGUCCCUGAUGCCUACACUGGAAGGGUUGAAUUUUCUGUGAAAAAUUACUCUGUGAAACUGAAGAAUCUACAAGAGGCAGACAGUGGAGUUUAUACUGCACAAGUGACUGGAGAUAGAGAACAAACAGUAGCUGAAUACAACGUCACAGUUCAAGAUCCAGUGGCUCCAGUUGAGCUGACAGUAAACUCUGUGUCCAACAGCUCAGACUCCUGUAACCUCACUGUGACCUGCAGCACACAGGACUCACAUCACAUCAGCAGCACUUUGAGAUGUGACAACCAAACCUGCAGUCAGGAGGGAGGAGAGAGGUCAAAGGUCACAACCUCUGGUGUUUUUCUCCAUGUCUACCUGGUGAAUGACUCAAUCAUCUGUAACUAUAGCAACCAGGUCAGCUGGACCAGCAGCGCUAAAAUGAUUGAACGCCCCUGCCCCCAAAAUGCUGAUUCUAAUGGAACCACCGAAAUUGUGAUUGGGACUGUUGUCUUUGUCAUUGCUGGCCUUGGGGUUGCCAUUUGCCUUUACAUCAAAUGUAGUACAGGUAGAAGAAAGAAGUGCGUAAAUACAAUUUAUGAAGUUCCUCAGAACAUUGGUCCAGGCCGACCUCUGAAUCAGAGUCCUACAGAAGAUGCGUCAUCUCUUUCUCCAACCUCCACCUACGCCUUGGUCACAUUUCACACUCGACCUGACCAAUCCACUAAGACCUAAGAGACUGUGUAUGCUCAGGCUACAGGAAAGUUGUAUUGUACAAAAUGUAUGCAGUUUGGGCGCCCACAGGCAAAUUAUUCUUGAAAAUAAAUAAACCAGUGCAAUAAACAGA